CCUCGUGCUGCGCAUCGCCGCCGCAAAGCCCACUUCAGCUCCUGUGUCGUCAACAUCGCAAAGCCACACUGGCUCGUCCCCCUCAUCGACGACGCGUCACCAACCUCGCGCUCUUGCAAUAGCCAACCCAUCUCGCCGCACACCUGCCCAAGGAUUGGCACCGUUGCCCUCCCCGCGCGCGCUGAAGCCACGAUCGUCAUCGCCAGACACCAAGGCACGACCGCUUUUCUACUUCCACAAACGACGCAGCGCUGCGCUGCCUCCUCGGAGCCAUGGCAUCCACCGAGGUUUCGGCCACCAGGCUCUACUUGGGCAACCUCCCAAAGGGCGCCACCAAGGCGGACCUGGAAACUCAUUUCGCAACCCAUGGAACUGGAGAAAUCACCGAGAUCAAGCUCAUGAAUGGAUUCGGCUUCGUCGAAUACAAGGACCCAAUGGACGCGCGUGACGUCGUACCUGCUUUCCACGGAUCCGAUUUCAUGGGCCAGCGCCUUACGGUUCAGUUCGCACGAGGCUCUCGUCAGCGAGAGGGUGGUUUUGGUGGCAACAAUGAACGGCAGCCACCUCGGCCUCGACGCACCCCGCACCGCAUGCAGAUUACUGGACUUCCCAAUGAUACCAGCUGGCAGGAUCUGAAAGACUUCGCUCGGCAGUCGAGCCUUGACGUGGUUUACUCCGAGACCGGCCGUGACGGCAAUGGACGUGGAUUCGUUGAGUUUGAGUCUGCAGCAGACUUGAGGACUGCGAUUGAGAAGCUUGACCAGCGUGAGUUCAAGGGUCAGCGCGUCACAUGCAUUGCGGACACACAGCCCGAUAUGCCUUUCCGUGAGCGAGGCCGUUCUCGCUCUCCCGGUUUUCGCAAGCCAUACGGUAUGCCCCGCGAUCCAUAUGACCGCCGCGGACCCCCUCCUGGUGGCUACAGUCCUCCUCGCGGCUACCGUGAAGACUAUCGUGACAGAAGUCCCCGUCGUGAAUACUACGAUGACCGCCGGUACCGGUCCCCACCGCGGCGCGGACCUCCGAUGGAGGAGUACGGAGCGCCCCCUCGUGGCCGCUACGACGAUCCGUACCGACGUGAAUACGGACCUCCUCCCGACCCGUACGCCAACGGCCGAGGCUACGACCGUCCCCCGAGGGACUUUCCUCCACGAGAUGGCGGUUACCCUCCUCGCGAUCCUGGCGGUUAUCCACCGCACCCGCGUGAGGACUAUCGACGUGGGAAUGGUGGUCCGCCUGGCUACUGGUAAACCUCUUCAUUCCUCACUACGACGUGCACACAGCCUUACGCUUUCUAGAUGCCCCGUCAGCGUCAGCAAUAUCCUGCCCAGCUCCACGCACGGAGGCUCGGGCGCGGUGAUCAUGAACAGAGGGUAAUGUCUGCGUUUCGCGUUUGUGGUUUUAAUUUGGUCUGUUUUUUUUCGUCGUUGGUAGGAA